CGUGCUUGGGCCUGCCUCGGUCGCUGAAUGGGGACACCCAAAUAUGAGGGACACGUGUCGCUAUGGAGCGGAACUAUCGACUGCUUGGAGGACACGGCACUGCAGCUCAAAGCCGGGAGUUGUAGUUUUUCAGGCACUUUUGUAGUCCUAUUUUCUAUUGGACAUCAUAAACAUGUGGUGAAGACGGAUAGCCAAGCCCCUAACGACACAGUACUUAACAGUGGACCGGUCCAGUGUGCCUUGUCAGGAUGUUUUAAACAGAAAAACACUUUUGUUAGGAUGCAAUCUGAAAACCAACCAAAAUGAAUUGAGCUAACCUGGCAGUUGGCGCCCUCCAGCGGUCAAUCCACAGAAGGCAGGACAACGGCUGCUGGUGAUUCUGCCAUUUCUUUAAAAGUUUAGCCUUCGGUAGUGGACAAUGUAGAACAUAUAUCAAAUGAUUUUAUGUACGAGUUAAUUUUAUAGAUUUUAUUCUAUUUUUGGCACACAGAAAGACAAAUCUCCACAGUGAAAAGCCUUGCUAGCCGUGUAUUUUUUUUAUUUUUCACAACAUAAUCCCAAGUAGUGGACUUCCGGUUGGCCGUGUAGGCGAUGAUUGCACGACGAUUGUUGUUUCUCCAUUUUAUUUGGUUUCUUCCUCGUUGGUUCAAGCCAGGACUUCCGCCUGUACGCAUGUGUUUGUGGCGUCCACCGUGCUUUUAUUUUUGCACUGUUUCCGGUGUGGAAGCUGACAGCCGGUUGCUUUACUGCCCAGACGGCUUGCUAAGAAAAGUUCGACUUUGGAGUAAAAAGUGAGGUGUUGAGGCUCCGGCUGGAAUGUGACGUGUCCAGCUGGAGGCUCCAGGGAUGGCGGACGGAAUGCGGUGGUGGUCUGGUCGUGGUCCUAGAAUUAGCGGAUCAGCCGUUCCGUGACGUCCCACUCCUAAUAUUUUUCACCUCUUUUCUUCGCCACACCAGGAGAAGGUCGUGGGUGCUAAAGCUCUGGUUGGCAUUGUAGCGUACUAGCUUGUGCCUAAUGAAGUGGUCUGUGAGUGCUUCAUAAAACACCGGAAAGUAGAAGUGCAUAUUUUUAACUUUGCAUAUUAAACUUUGGACAAAAUAGCUCGGUGUGUGUAUGUCGACAAAAGGUCUUCAACAUGCGGCUCCACACGAUGAGCCGAGUGCAUGAAACCAUAGAAAAGUAUAUUUCAACUCCUCCCUAUUCAAUACAUUAGCUCGGCUGUGUCGCGGAGCAUCCUCCCGAGUAGACGAUCUUCGCCCUGGCCCCCGCUGCUGACGCGCGUCGGUCCGUCACGUGACGUGUGGAAUGUUAACAAUGUAGCGAGUGUCCAACUUUGUGCCUCGCUGCUGCUUCUUCUCCUUCUGCUGCUCCAAAAUGGAGCCCGGGAUCACCCCCUUUCCUCCGCUCCUUCGUCCCCGCUGAGGCCGCCCGAGGCACCCGAGGCCCGGACAAGAGUUCCAAGAAGGAGCCGACGGAGGACGACCAAAAGUGGCAAUUGGACCGAAUCGAAGUGAUCGUCGUGGCCGCUUCUUCUCACAUGGCGCAGGUUGGCAGCAUCACGGUUGGGUUCCGUGCCACCCUUGGGACCGGCUGCAUCUCCUGGAAUAAGCUGGAACCCGAGCCUUGAAAAGCACAGCAUGGAGCGCCUGUAGGACCCCCCCCCCCCUACAACACCCCCCCAUCGGAAUCCACAGACGCUACCCAAUAAGGGCCACAAGUCUUGGAUCUAUUUGCUGGGUGGCUAACUGAGCGUGUGAGCGGUUCCCCGUGCCGGGUGCCUGACCCGGGCACCUCCGCCAUGAGACCCAAGACGUUCCCGGCGGCCCCCUAUGUGGGCAACACCCGGCAGAGGCUUCAGGAGAUCAAGGAGGGCCUGAAGCAGCCCGCCAAGAUGGUGAGCCAGGCCCUGCACGGGGGCGGCCCGCGAGCCGAGGGCGGCCGCCCGGCCGACUGUAAAGGCGGCAAGGACGCGACAGGUCGGCAGCAGCCGGUGCGACCCCCGCAGAAGUUCAACAACUACCAAAAUGCCCUGCGAGAGAUCCGCAAGUCCCUCAUGCCCUUCGCCAACGAGUCGGGGCCCUCCUCCGGGUCCGGGCACCCGGCCGGCGAGGUCAACCGGCAGAUGCUGCAAGAACUGGUCAACGCCGGAUGCGACCAGGAAAUGGCGAUCCGGGCACUGAAGCAAACAGGCAGCAGGAACAUCGAAGCGGCGCUCGAGUACAUCAGUAAGAUGGGCUACCUGGACCCCCGCAACGAGCUCAUUGUCCGCGUCAUCAAACAGACGUCGCCAGGAAAGGCAGGAAUGCCCCCUUCCAUGGACCACCGUCCUGCAAUGGAGGCCUCGGGUGAUGCCACAGGUGCUAUGCCUCCUUACCACCCGAUGGGGGCCCCCAUGUAUGAGAGUGUACCUGCUUUUGGGCCAGAGGGACCUUACAUGGGUCCUCCCCCCGUCAUGAACUACAUGAUGCCUCCGUCCGGGACGGCACAGGGCCCCCCGAUGGGGAACCCCAUGGGUCGUCCCCCCAGCAUGGGCGGCUACCCGCCAGUGAUGGCCACCCAGAGUAACCCCGCCAACACCAUGUACCCUCCUGGGGCCCAGCAGAAAGGCUAUCCCGGGGGCAUGGAUCAGCACGGGGCCAUGAUGAGCUACAAUGUCCCAGCUCAACCUCUGCAGCUUCCGCCCCAGCCCCCAGGGGCUCCCGUUCCAGGCCCCCACUAUGACUACGGCCAUGCCAGGCCUCACUUAAUGGAGACGGCGGGCUACGGAGUCAAGAGAACCGCCUCCUUUCAAAACAAGAUGGCGCCCCCAGACAAUUACGUCAACAUGGGCCAGGGCGGGCCAGGAGGGGGCGGGGGUGGCUACCCCACCAAUCUCUACCUGCCCUCUCACUCACACCCGCGGCAGGCAAGCCCAACCUCCCACCAAGUCCACAUGAUGUCCCGUUCCCCGGGUGGGGUGCCAGCCAUGGGCCCGGACUUUCCCGAUCUUCCCCAGAGCCUAAUGACCCCAUCCAGGGCGAGCCUCAACCUGGACAUGUACGAGCACCACUGGGCGGGGCCUCCGGGUCCUGAAGGGCCCCCCCCAGCCAGGCAGCCACAACCCCAGGGACCCUUCAGGGGUGAGGUUCGGGUUCCGAGCAGAGCCAACUCAUUCAACAGCCGCUCCGCCGCAUCCAACGGCGUUCGGCCCACGAUGACUGCACCCCCUUCAGGUGGAAAACCGGAACCUUCCCUGGGCCCCCCCAACACCAUCACGGCCGUCACCUCAGCCCCCAUCCAGCAGCCGGUCAAGAGUAUUCGGGUGAUGAGGCCGGAGCCCAAGACCGCCGUGGGGCCGUGCCACCCCGGCUGGAUGACGGCCCAGGCCCAGGAUUCAUCGGAAGCGCUGGCCUACAUGGCGGAGGAGACGUACUCCCUGGAGCCCCCGCAGGAGCCACGCUGCCCACCUCCGCCUUACCCCAAAAACCUCUUCAUGCCGGCGGCACCCGGCGAGACCGGCACCCUGGAGGGCGCUGCAGCCGUCAUCGGCAGGGCUCAGGACCUUAGCAACGCCGCUUCCAGAAGCGCGCACGGCGGCAGCGGAGGGAGUGCCAACGCGGACGACGGAGACCAGCGGGUGAAGGAGAAGACCAAAGUCAGCAAGGGGGACAAAACCCUGAAAGACAAGAAGCAGAUCCAGACGUCGCCCGUGCCGGUGAGGAAGAACGGACGUGAUGAGGAGAAACGAGAGUCCCGCAUCAAGACCUACUCGCCUUUCGCCUUCAAGUUCUACAUGGAGCAGCACAUCGAGAACGUGAUGAAGACCUACCAGCAGAAGCUCAACCGCAGGCUUCAGCUGGAACAGGAGAUGUCCAAGGCCGGCCUGUCGGAGGCGGAGCAGGAGCAGAUGAGGAAGAUGCUGAACCAGAAGGAGUCCAACUACAACCGGCUGCGACGCGCCAAAAUGGACAAGUCCAUGUUCGUCAAAAUCAAAACCUUGGGGAUCGGCGCCUUCGGGGAGGUGUGCCUAACGCGUAAGGUGGACACCAGCGCUCUCUACGCCAUGAAGACGCUACGCAAGAAGGACGUCCUCAACAGAAACCAGGUGGCCCACGUGAAGGCGGAGCGCGACAUCCUGGCGGAGGCGGACAACGAGUGGGUGGUGCGUCUCUACUAUUCCUUCCAGGACCGCGACAGCCUCUACUUCGUCAUGGACUACAUCCCCGGGGGCGACAUGAUGAGCCUGCUCAUCCGGAUGGGCGUCUUCCCCGAACCCCUGGCGUGCUUCUACGUGGCUGAGCUGACGCUGGCCAUCGAAAGCGUCCACAGGAUGGGUUUCAUCCACCGCGACAUCAAACCCGACAACAUCCUCAUCGACGUGGACGGGCACAUCAAGCUCACCGACUUCGGCUUGUGCACCGGCUUCCGAUGGACGCACAACUCCAAGUACUAUCAGAAAGGGAGCCACGUGAGACAGGACAGCAUGGAACCCGGCGACUUCUGGGACGACGUGUCCAACUGUCGGUGCGGGGACCGUCUGAUGACGCUGGAGCAGCGGGCCGAUCGGCAGCACCAGCGCUGCCUGGCGCACUCCCUGGUGGGCACGCCCAACUACAUCGCCCCCGAGGUGCUGCUUCGCAAAGGUUACACCCAGCUGUGCGACUGGUGGAGUGUGGGCGUCAUCCUGUUCGAGAUGCUGGUGGGGCAGCCGCCCUUCCUGGCCCCCACUCCUACAGAGACCCAGAUUAAGGUCAUCAACUGGGAGAGCACCCUGCAGGUGCCCGCGCAGGUCCAACUGAGGCCGGAAGCCGUGGACAUCAUCGCUCGCCUCUGCUGCUCGGCGGAGGACCGCCUGGGGGCCAACGGCGCCGGCGAGAUCAAGGCGCACCCCUUCUUCGGCAAGGUGGACUUCACCAGCAACCUGCGGCAGCAGCCUGCCCCCUACCGGCCCAAGAUCGCCCACCCCAUGGACACGUCCAACUUUGACCCCGUGGAGGAGGAGGGCGGGCCGGGCGCCUGGAGCGACAGCGGCGACAGCACCCGCGCCUUGGACGCCCUCUGCUCCCCGCACGGAAAGCACCCGGAGCACGCCUUCUACGAGUUCACCUUCCGCAGGUUCUUCGACGACAACGGCUGCCCCUUCCGCUACCCCAAACCUCUGGAGGCCGGCACCGGGACGGGCCCGGAGGAGGAAGAGGAAGCCGAGGAGGACGAGGAGGAAGAGGAGGAGGGCGGUGAGGGAUGUGAGCCCGUCUAUGUGUAGACCGGCCGACCCCGCCCAUCACGCUUCCUACGGCUCCUCCCAUGGCCCGCCACCAAAAAGCCCCA